CCACAUUCCAUUCCAAAGAUGACACCAAAUACAAAACACCUCUAGGCUAUAUAUACACACAACAUCAAGCAUCUUCACCUCAUCCUCCAAACACAACCAGUACCACUCCUCUCCUUUGCUUCUUCAAUCUUCUCCUCCUUCUCCAACUCAGCCAAAAAAAAAAAAAAGGUUUAGAAUUCACUCAAUAACAAACAUCACAUAUAUCUCUAGUGCUAGCUAGCACAAUUAAUUAAAUAUGAGAUCAGAAUCAAGCUUUGAUGCAUGGACAAAGCCAACAACAUCACCAUCAUCACAACCAGAGGUGCACCACCACCAGAAGGCACACUCGACCGGGUGGCACUCUCCGGUGCCGUAUCUCUUCGGAGGCCUGGCAGCCAUGCUUGGCCUCAUCGCCUUUGCGCUUCUCAUUCUUGCUUGCUCCUACUGGAAGCUCUCUGGCUACCUUGAUGGCACUGAAAACACAACUCAUGAUGACGACCGCGAGAUGACCAACAUGAAGCAAGAGAUGAUCAAAACUGUCACACAACAAUGCUCAGAGGUGAGGUUGGUGGUGAUCAUGGCCGGAGAAGAGAAGCCUACCUUCUUGGCCACUCCCAUUAAUUCAAGCCGUGCUGCAUCAUCAUCAUCUUCUUCUUCUUCUUCUGGUGGAGGAAAGCUGUCUAAGAAUGAGAUGGAGGUCAAAGAGGAGAAGAUGGAGAGUAGUGAUCAUAGUGGUCCGAGAGUGGAGCCAUAGCUGAUGCAUCAUCAAGUUAAUUUUAUGAUCUUUCUCACUGAGGUUCUUUUCUAAUUAUAAGUCUUUGUGAGUUGUUUUCAAGCUUUGUUUUGCACCAGAGUUUUGCUUUGAUUUCUGGUGUUGAGCACUUUCUCUUUUUUCUUUUCCUUUUUCUCUCUGUCUUUCUUUUUUGUACAUGUAUAUUUGUGCAUUGAUUCCAAUGAAUAAAUGGAAGAGUAGAUUGUGUGUUA